GUUUCGAUUUUCUGGAUGGGAAAUGAUUAUGAGUGAGUGUGUGAAGAUUUGCACGAAGCUGAGAAGAGGACCAGGCCUGCAUCGCUUCUUGAGAAAGCGCCCAGGGAAAGACGGGGGCAUCUGUACCCAGAGAAACGUGAUCUUUCCAAAUAUCAGAUCUCAAUUGUACACAGACUCGGGUGAUGACUUCCGAUGAUGCCUUUUUUUUUUUUUUUUUCCUUCUUCUUCUUUU